GUAAGAACAGUCUCCGUAUAACUUCCCCCCCUCCCCCAUCUUGUUGAAGCUAGGCGGCUGUAUUGAAAAUAUUCCAGUUCCCAACGAUGGCGGCUGAGAUACUGGGAGACUAUGACCCCGGCAGGAUCCUCAAACUCGCGGCAGAAGUUGCCGAUUCACCUGACAAGAAGGUGCCAGUAUUACUGCUGGAGUUGCGGGACAUCCUGGAUAUGGCCCCGGCUGGGAGUCCGAACGCACGCAAGAUUCGUCUGGACAUCUGGACCUACGACUUACUACAGGUUCUGGUCCUGGUACUGAAGCAGGACUUCUCCACCAUCCAUGGAGGCUGGGCCACAGCUGUCAAACUCUCCCAGAUCCUCAGUACCUGCUGCGCCGGACUUGACCCUCCGGAAACCAACGAGUUCUACGACCUCACGCUACCGUCGGCCACGGACAACCUCCUGAUCCUGUCGCGUAGGAUCCAGGUACGCUACGACAAGAUCGAGGACGUGUCCUCACUAAUCAAACUCCAGCUGCUGAAGGACUUCCGCAGUGUUCUAGAUUCCAUCAGCUGGCUGAUCAGCCCCAUCCCAGCCCUGAUUGGCCACUUGCUUCACUCCCAGUACCUCCUCCAGAUGCUGCUGACGGAUGACAUUGAGACGUCGCGUAGCGUGAUGUCGCUCAUUCAGAACGCCGUCCAUGCCAACCCCACUGCCUUACGGACCAUGGAGGAGAAAUUCCUGUUCAGCCUUUUGGAUGAGUUCGUGUACAAACUUUCAGCUAGCACAGACAGCACGUUAGGGCGAUCAGCCACAAGGACUAUCCUAGACAUGACUGAAGCACAUCCAGCUAUAGUUGAAAUCCUCUGCGCAAGAUUUAAGGGUUUGAGACCGCUGCUGGGUAAGUGGUCUGGGAAGGGAUUUGAGAAAGAGCUGAGGGAACUGACUAGAGUACUCGACGCAGGAACUGUAGAGCAAGUCGAGUCGCAGAAACUGCACGACGCAGCAAGGAAGAUUCAAGCGAUGUACAGGGGGUACCGGAUGAGGACACAACUCAAGAAGGCUAACAAGGCACUGUCGACACUACAAAGGAGUUUUAGGAAGAAGCGAGCAAACAAGGAGAAAGAACAGGCAGCGCAGAAGCAGCAGGCGGAGCUGAAGCACCUACUCCGCGUUCGUCGCCAGCGCGCCCUUCGAGAGGCCCGUAGGAAGGAGCUGUACCUGAUGGAGUCACUGCCUGCACCGCAAGUCAACAAACACAUCAGCCAGCAGCAGAAAAAUGCUGCUGUCAAGAUACAGAAGAUCUGGAGAGGGCACAACUCUCGGAAGAAGUUCCAGAAGGAGAAAGACAGCAGGGUCCAGUACCGUGCAGCGUCCCUGAUCCAGCGGCAGGUACGGCUCUGGCUGGAGAGACGACGGCGGGCAAAGCUGGACGAGUCCUUCAUGUUCUCGCAGCAGCUGAGCGACGAGCGGAGAGUGGAGCUCCAGGGAAAGAUCCGCGAGUACCGAGAGAUGCACGCAGUACGCGGCAUCUCGCGGGAAAAGUUAACAGAGCAACACGAGAAUGCACACUCCGUGCUUCAGUCACACAUGAUGAGAAGAGCUGCGUCGCUGAAGGCAGACCAGCGGAGAAGAGUACUGUUAGCUGCACUGGAUACAGAUGCUGAGAUGAUGAUAGCUGCUCCUAAACUUGCGGAGGCAACUGAGGAGGACAUCCAACUGUUCUCAAGCAAAUCAGUGCCUGUUGCAGCCAAAGCUCGACACUCCCAUGCUGAACACAUGCGCGCCAUGAACCUGCAGUGGUACCAGAAACUGGGAGACGAGUUUCAAGAUGGCAGCCUUCGAGAUGACUUGGAAGAAAACAAUGCUUACAACUUUUAAAAUAUUUUGCAACAAAAUUUGUGGCAGAGUCAGAACUGUUAUUACAAAAGUUUUAAAUGUCAUAAAAUAAGUGAAGAUCUAAAC